AUGCACCGUAAACCAUGUACAUUGCCGGCGAUAGAGACUCUUCAGCGUAAUGUUCGGAAGGUUCCUACUUGUUACACGAGGAAAUCAAGAGAUAUCGGAUUUCAUUUGCCCCACAGGAAGCUGUUGGAUAAGAUUGAACAUGUAGAAAAAGAACCAGAGCCUUUGACCGGUUUCGGCGUGGCUCAAGAAGAAAGAUUUAAAAAAGAGAGGAAAACUCAAAAGUUGCACCUUGAACCUAUUAAACUAGAUGAAGUGUUUGAUAUCGUUGUAGGUAAAAAGAAAAAAGCUAUAAAGAUUCACGAGUCUCGCAGUGAUUCUGACGUGGCGGAGAAGGGGCACACCACGACAGACCCGCUGAAGGUGAAGCCAGUGGUUGCAUCGCAGAAGGAAGUCAUAGAUUAUGUCCGCGGCAACCCAGAUUGCGGUUUCUUAUACAUGAUAUACGCCGUACACCCACAGAAUGUGUAUUUCACGCCAUAUUAUCUCAAGGUGGUACCAUAUGAUCAAAUUGAUAGAAGGAACUACUUGACAAUAAGUCCGUGUGGAGUAACGCACUACACGAGCGAAAUGGUGUUCACCAAACUUCCAGACUGGGAACAAGAAUACACAAUAUUUGUACAGCUUACGGAUAUAAAAUUUUUCCGGAACUAUCGCUACUGGAAAGCGUUUUACGUGUGGCGGAAAUCGAUAUUAUUCAGGAAAUAUAGCAGAAUCCGCAAGAAGAUUGCUAAGAAACUUUUCAUUCUGACCCCAGUUUUGGGCAAAGCACUCUUGAGCAUGCAAGCAAUGUGCUGUGAUAUGUAUAUGAAGAGUUUUGCCGAUAUUUCUAAGGAUAUGGAUAUUGCAUUUUUCUACUUUAUUGAAGUUCAGAUGAAACAAGUGGAGUAUAUGCGAACGAAGCUCUUCGAAUUCCGUGCGAUAGUACUAGACGUUAUAACCACAGCUUGUCAUGCUGCUCUGUACCAACAGGGCUUCAUAUACGACGAUAGGAACAUAGCGCCCUUUCAGAUUAUACGAGGGAAGCCUCAGGGAGGAAUGUCGUACACCGAAAAGGCAAAUAAGAGGAACUAUUGUGAGAGACUUGCUUGUUUCAUAAAACUAAUGGACUACAUGACGAACUACAUGCUAUACCGUCUGACGAAACUCUCGAACUCCAUGAUGGCGAACAUGUUGAGAACGCACGUGCAAUUCGUUCCGCCGCAUGAGUUGCUCCAAGGAUCCGAUUUGGAUGAAGUACUGGAAGUAUUGCCUAGAGACACUGAGACAUGCAAGUGGGCUCUGUUCCAAGUAGAUGCUUAUGUCGUACCUUCAGGAGAAGUAGAACUGAAUCCAAGUGAAAAAAUAAUAUCAAAAUAUUUGCAAAGAAUCACCGACUAUUGGGAGGAAUACGUUCGGACCUUUCACAACUUUCUCAAUGAGGAUACAUUACAAAUAUUCGUUCAGCCGACUAUAAUGGGGAAGCAAGUCGAAUGGUCCGCUGGCCAGUCACCGAAUUUGUACUUCUUAAUGCACCAAGACAAGCAAAUGUUAGACGAUAUCAAUUUUAUACCCCAAUGCAUAAGAAGCGCUUUUGAAAAGUUGUGGACUUUCCUUAAGCGAAUGAAUAAAUUUAUGGAAAACUUUAGAGAGGCUCAUGAGAUGGACACCAAUAUAAUAAGGCAAGAGAGAGACGUGAAUGUGUUUAGGAAGUUAUGUGAGAAGUUUGUUAAACAAAUCGAAGAGAUUGAGGAUGUCGUCAGUUAUCAGCCACUUGGAUUAUUGUUCCUCUGCCUGUCUCCAUUCCAAGAGCUAUUCAGACCUCAACCGAGAAGACUAUUUGAUGUUGUUCAUACGACCACACCUGAUAUUGGAAGAACAUGUAUAGACGAAAUUCUAGAAGGAAUAGAAGGCAUCAACGAUGAUAUAACCAAAGAGCCGGAAAGCGCCGGUGAACUCGUGGCUUACAACUUCUUACUUGAUGGGUUGGAACCUCGAGUAGCUAAAUUAGAAGAAAGAUUAGAGUAUCUACGGGAAUUGUACGAUUUGAUGGGUGAAUUUAAUAUCGCUAUACCACCUGAUGAUAUGACUGAAUAUUUGGGUCUCAGUGUAGCCCUAGGCAAUCUACGCACCAACGUAGACGCUAGACUGGAAACUCGAGGUAAAUUAGCUGGAAUGUUUGCCAGUCAGAUCGGGAAGGAUAUCAUGGAGUUGAUGCUGGAUGUCAAUAAGCUGCGAGAUGAAGUUGUUCAACCUUGGUUAUAUGAUGAAAAAUCAGAAUACGAAAAGGUGUUGGAAGUUCUUGAUGAUCUAUCAGAGAAACUUCAAGUGUGUACCACAAGGGACAAACAGAUCCGCGAGUGGCAGAAAAUAUUCAAGAUACCACCAGCGAGAUUGGAACAACUGGAUGAAGCCAUUACAGAUGUGCGGCUGCGUCAGAUGCUGUGGAAGAAUUCUAAAGAGUGGAACGAUCUGUUUGCAUCUUGGUAUGAAGCACCCUUCAAUUCGUUAGAUAUAGAUGAGAUACAAACAACAACAAUCAACUUCGGAAAAGCAUUCAACCAACUUGACAAAGGUCUGCCACCAAACAAGAUAGUUCCGGGCUGCAAGGAGACUAUCGACAUUAUUAAGGAUAAGCUACCAGUCAUGUCGUAUCUCCGAAAUCCAGCACUAAAACCUCGACAUUGGGUCCGUAUAGAGGAAAUUCUUCAUACGCGCUUCACGCCGGACAUGGUGGUGACCCUGAAGAUGUUGGAAGACUUGCAGGCCUUCCAACAUGCGGAGGAGCUCAUGGAAGUCGCUGGUCAAGCGAGUUCGGAAGCUGGCUUAGAAGCUUUACUGAAGAAGGUGGAAGAAAUUUGGGCAGCGUUAGAAUUCCCCGUUUUGCUUCACAAGGACGCCCGAGAUGUUUAUGUCCUAGGUGGUCUAGAUGAGAUCCAGGCUGCUGUUGACGAGAGCAACAUUCACAUAAGUACUAUACUCAGUUCGAGAAACUGCGGACCCAUUAGGAGCAGGGUCGAAGAAUGGGCCAAAAACUUAGAGUUAUUCGCAAGAACUUUGGAAGAGUGGUACGCAUGCCAGCAGACCUGGAUAUACCUGGAGGUGAUAUUCUCAGCACCAGACAUCCAACGGCAGUUGCCCAACGAGACGCGACUUUUCACCAUCGUUGAUAAGUCGUGGAAGGAUAUUAUGAGGAAAUUGGCUAAGGUUCCUCUCGCCAUGCCAGCAGCUACUCAGCCAAAGUUAUACGACGAGUUUGUUCGCAACAACGAGAUGCUGGAUCAGAUCAUGAAGUGCUUGGAGGCGUACCUAGAGACCAAACGAGUGGCUUUCCCGAGGUUCUUCUUUCUAUCCAACGAUGAAUUGCUUGAGAUAUUGGCUCAGACACGCAAUCCUCAUGCUGUACAACCGCAUCUACGCAAAUGCUUCGAUGCGAUUGCGAAACUGGAAUUCGGGGUGAAAUUACCGGAGAGUGAGAUGGAGAUAACAGAAGAUGGCACUCUUGUUGAAAGAGAGAUGUCGUUUGCUACGCGAGAUGCUUUGCAGGCGAAGCUGGCAAAAACGGCGAAAGCUGAAGAUUUAACCACCGAUAUUAUUGCCAUGCUCUCACCCGAAGGAGAAAGAAUCAAUUUGGGCAAGGGUCUCAAAGCCCGCGGUAACGUCGAGGACUGGCUAGGCAAAGUGGAGGAAGCGAUGUUCGCGUCAGUGAAGCGCUGCAUGAAAUUCGCUUUGAAGGAUUACCAAGUUCGAACCAGAGUCGAAUGGGUGACUUUACAUCCCAAUCAGGUGGUUCUAACAGUUUCGCAAACGAUGUGGGCUCGAGGCGUUCAUGAAAUAUUCGACCUCGAUGUCCCAUUGCGCAUUGAUACAGCUCUGCUAGAUUACGAGAGGAAAUGUAUUGCGGAUCUCAACGACCUGGCAGCGCUAACUCGACAAGACCUCACCUCGCUGUUCCGAAAAGUUCUAUGCGCUCUGAUAACGGUCGACGUUCAUGCAAGAGACACCAUCACUCAUAUGGUUGAAAAGCAUGUGCAAAGAUCGAAUGAUUUCGAAUGGCUCAAAAUGAUCCGCUACUACUGGGAAGACGACAUCGACAACUGCGUAGCGAGGAUGUCCAGCGCUAUGUACAUAUAUGGCCAUGAAUAUUUGGGCGCUGGGGGUGUUCUGGUAAUCACCCCCCUCACGGACAGAUGCUACCUCUGCCUCAUGGGCGCGCUGCAGCUGGACCUGGGCGGGGCUCCAGCAGGCCCAGCUGGGACCGGCAAGACAGAAACCACAAAGGAUCUAGCCAAGGCUCUUGCGAUCCAGUGCGUCGUGUUUAAUUGCUCUGAAGGUCUGGACUACAAAAUGAUGGGCAGAUUCUUCUCGGGGCUGGCAACAUCGGGGGCUUGGUGCUGCUUCGAUGAGUUCAACAGAAUUGACAUCGAAGUGUUGUCUGUGAUCGCCCAACAGUUGAUCACCAUUCGGAAUGCUAAAGUGGCGAAACAGACCAGAUUUAUGUUUGAGGGCCGCGAAAUAAAACUAGUGCGAACCUGUGCCGCCUUCAUCACAAUGAAUCCGGGCUAUGCUGGAAGGACUGAACUGCCGGACAAUUUGAAAGCACUAUUUAGACCUAUUUCUAUGAUGGUGCCCGAUUAUGCGCUCAUUGCGGAAGUUAUUCUGUAUUCAGAAGGCUUUGAAUCGUCGAAAGGUUUGGCAAAGAAAAUGGUCCAAAUGUACAAAUUAUCGAGCGAACAAUUGUCCAAACAAGACCAUUAUGAUUUUGGAAUGAGGGCCGUAAAAAGUGUACUUGUGAUGGCCGGAGCUUUAAAACGCGCCAGUCCAGACCAGCACGAAGAGAUGACUCUGCUGUGUGCGCUGAACGAUAGCAACUUGCCUAAGUUUCUGGCGGCAGAUGCGGUGCUGUUCGCUGGAAUAUUGUCUGACCUGUUCCCGGGCGUGUCGCUGCCCGUGAGAGAUUAUGGGGUCAUGGUGGACGUUAUAAAAGAGAUACUGAUCGAGCGCAAGUUGCAAGUGGAAGAUUGUCAGAUAAAGAAGGUGAUACAGUUGCACGAAACGAUGAUUGUCAGGUGGGGGGUCAUGUUGGUGGGGCCAACCGGCGGUGGCAAGACCACAGUGCUGCAUGUAUUAGGCGAUACCUACACUCGUCUAUGUGAAAAUGGUGUUGAAGGUCCAACAUACCAAAUAGUACACAAAUAUAUAAUGAACCCCAAGAGCCUCAGUAUCGGAGAGUUAUACGGAGAAGUGAACUUACAAACCUUAGAGUGGCAUGACGGUAUUCUACCUCUGUCCCUACGUACUGCUGUACAGUGCGAAGAUCCCGAUCACCAGUGGUUGAUUUGCGACGGGCCGGUGGACGCCGUGUGGAUCGAGAACAUGAAUACUGUCCUUGAUGAUAACAAGAUGCUCUGUCUGUCCAACUCGGAGCGGAUUAAGCUGACGCCGUAUGUGCAUAUGGUAUUUGAGGUAGCAGAUUUGGCGCAAGCAUCACCAGCGACCGUAUCACGCUGUGGCAUGGUCUAUAUCGACCCAGGAGAGCUAGGCUACCUACCGUUUGUUAGAUCCUGGCUCGCUGAAGGCAUAGACAAGAAUCUCUUCACGCAGGAGAACUCAGACUUUCUAUAUGAGCUCUUUAAAAUGUUGGAAGUCGGAUUGACUCACGUGAACGUCAAGUGCAGUGUUGGGAUAAAGCAGGUGGAUAUAAGCAAAGUAUCAGCCCAGUGCUGUCUCAUGACCGCGUUACUCUCCGAACCUGGCGAGAGGUUUGCGGACAAAGCAGCGAUCAAAACCUAUAUCGCGUACUGCUUUAUCUUCUGCUAUAUCUGGUGCAUUGGUGGGAACAUUCUUGAGACCAAUCGAAAGGCUUUCGAGGAGGUUGUUAAGAGGCAAUUUGAAGCGUUCGAAGAAGCUGAGUAUUUCCCGCAAGGCUUCAACUUCUUCGAUAUGUUCAUGGACACGAAGCACCGUAAGCUCAAAGUAUGGGCUGAAAUCAUCCCGGAGUUUCUGUACGAUUGCAAUAAGCCAUUCUUCGAAACCCUCGUGCCGACCAUAGACACCGUUCGAUAUGGAUAUUUGUUCCAGAAGCUUCUAGGCGUUUGUAAGCCCGUUAUGUUCACUGGGAAUACAGGAGUUGGGAAGACAGUCAUAGCUGCGGAGGUAUUGAACAAAAUGGCCAGCGGCGGCAUAUAUAUACCAGUUAUAUUGAACUUUUCCGCGCAAACUAGCAGCCCUAGGACUCAGGAGGUAAUAGAACUUCGCUUAGAAAAGCGACCACGCAAAGCGAUAGGAGCUCCCCUCGGUAAGAAGGUGGUCAUAUUCAUUGACGACGUUAACAUGCCUCGCCUGGACGUGUAUGGUGCUCAACCCACUAUAGAGUUACUCAGGCAAUUCCUAGAUUUCGGCGGUGUAUACGACCGCGACAAACUGUAUUGGAAGGAGAUAUUGGACGUGGUGUUGUCGUGCGCGUGCGCCCCGCCCGGCGGCGGCCGAAACCCGCUUACCGGCCGCUUCGUGAGACACUUCGCUAUGUUCUACAUAUCAGCGCCUAAUUCUGAAGCUAUGAAGACUAUUUUUAAAGCAAUUCUCAAAGGUCACAUGGAGGACUUUGUGUCCGAAGUAUCAGUGCUAGGUGACCCCAUAGUCAACGCAGCCGUGGACGUCUACUUGAAGAUCUGCGCAGAAUUACUCCCAACCCCAGCCAAGUCCCACUACGUGUUCAAUUUGAGAGACUUGUCCAAGUGCAUGCAAGGAGUGUUGCAAGCCAAUGCAGCGUACAUGAGACUACCGCAAGCUAUGUUGAGAUUGUUCUAUCACGAAUGUCUCCGUGUUUUUCACGACCGUCUUAUCAACAUAGAAGACAAGAGCUACUUCUACCACCUGAUGUGCACAGUCUGUCAGAAGAACUUCCAACAGCCUAUCUUAGAGAUACCAGAGGAUCCGAUAAUUGAACAACCACCAGUACUCCUUUUCGGCGACUUCCUUAACUCGGCUGUUCCCAAGGAGAACAGAACUUACCAAGAGAUACCAGAUAUACAAAAGCUGAUGGUGGUUUUAAAGGAGUACCUAGAGGAAUACAACUCUACCGCCCGCGCGGAAAUGAACCUGGUACUGUUCCGCGAUGCAGUGGAGCACGUGGCCCGUGUAGCCCGAGUGCUGCGAGCUGAGCGGGGCCACAGCCUCAUGGUAGGGCCCGGGGGCUCCGGAAGACGGUCCGUAGCGACACUCGCAGCGCAUGUCAAUGAGUGCAAAUGUAUGGGAAUGGAGUUGAAACGAAACUACGACACGCCAGAAUUUCACGAUGACUUACGCAAGAUGUACAUGAGGGCCGGCGUCAGCUGUGAGGACACUGUUUUCCUUUUCACCGAUACACAGAUCACCAAGGAAGAAUUCCUAGAGGACAUCAAUAAUAUGCUCAACUCCGGGGAGGUCCCGAAUCUCUUCGAAGGUGACACGUACGAGCAGGUGCAAACCGGGAGCCGCAACGACGCAGCCAAGACUGGCAUUAACCCUGCUGACAGGGAUGCGGUGUAUUACUUCUUCAUCAACCGAGUUAGAGCCAAGCUGCAUUUGUGUGUGUGUAUGAGCCCGGUUGGUGAGGCUUUCCGGCGCCGCUGCCGCAUGUUCCCAUCACUCGUGAACUGUUGCACAAUAGAUUGGUUCACAAAAUGGCCGCCUGAGGCGCUGCUCUCGGUUGCGCAGCAAUGCCUCCAGCCUUUGGGAGACCAAGACAUCGUUGAUAAGAUAUCCAUGCUAUGUGUCACUAUGCAUCAGGACGUGGACAUUAUGACCGACCGGUUAUACGAAGAAAUGCGACGCCACUUUUACACCACGCCAAGCAGCUAUCUGGACCUGCUGAAGUUGUACCUGGGCCUCUUGGACAAGAAGCAGCAGGACAUCAUCCGUGGCAGAGACAGGAUAUCGUGCGGUUUGCAUAAAUUGUACGAGACGUAUGAAGUGGUUGGCGUGAUGGAGCAACAGGUGCGAGACAUGGAGCCGAUUCUGGCCAAGAAAGCAGAAGAGGGCUUAGCUCUGGUGGCUCGGCUGAAAGUGGAACAGAAGGCGGCGGAUGAGGUGAAGCAGGCUGUUAUGAAGGACGAGGCUGAAGCGAAAGUGAAAGCGGAGGAAGUGAAGCAGAUUGCUGACGAAGCGAAGGCGGACCUCGCGCUGGCCAUGCCAGCUAUGGAGGCGGCGCAGAAUGCGCUAAAGGCGCUUAACAAGGCCGACAUAAAUGAGCUGAAAGCGUUCCAGAAGCCGCCAGCACUUGUGCGCUUCGUCAUGGAACCUGUUUGCAUCUUGCUGGGAGCCAAACCAGACUGGGACUCAACCAAGAAGCUGCUCGCGGACGUCAACUUCAUCAGAAACUUGGAGGAGUACGACAAGGAUCACAUUCCCGACUCGCUGCUCAAGAAGAUCAAGGUCUACCUCACGCACAAGGAUUUCAACCCAGACACCGUAGUUAAGGUCUCCAAGGUAUGUCGCUCCAUGGUGCUGUGGGUGCAAGCGAUAGACAUGUACGCGAAGGUGUUCAGAGUCGUCGAGCCCAAGAUUUUGAAACACAAAGAAGCGGCGGCCAUAUUGAAAAGUGUAAUGGCGGUGUUACGCGCGAAGCAGAAAGAAGUAGAAGCUAUAGAAGCGCAACUCGCGAAAAUGUUGGAUGAACUAAAGGUGGUAGAAGAAGAGCGAUUAAAAUUGCAAGCUGAUGUGGAUCUAGCGGCGGCGAGAUUAUCCCGAGCUGGGAAACUGACCCAGGCGUUGGCGGAUGAAAAGACGAGAUGGGAAGACAGCGUUGAAGCAGCGACAUACAAGCUGAAAUGCACGACGGGCGACGUAAUCAUCGCGUCCGGUUGCAUCGCGUACUUCGGCGCCUUCCCCUCCCACUACCGCCGUGAGCUGGAGACCAAGUGGGUGGAGCACUGCCACGAACUGGAGAUACCCUCCUCUGAUACAUUUGAUCUAAUCUCUGUAAUGGCUGACUCGUACACUGUGAGAACUUGGAACGCUCAGGGCUUACCUCGGGACGCUGUGUCCACUGAGAAUGGUAUAUUGGUGACGCGGGCGGGAAGGUGGCCCUUGACUGUUGACCCACAGGAGCAGGCUAAUAGAUGGAUUAAGAGCAUGGAGAGAGACAAUGGCCUCCAAAUCACAAAGCUGUCUGACCCCGGUUACUUGCGCAUCCUAGAAAACUGUAUCAGAUUAGGGUGGCCCAUGCUCAUAGAAGACCUAGGCGAAGCCCUUGAGGCUACAUUAUCACCAGUGCUGUUGAAACAGACUUUCCUACAGGCCGGUCGCUUACUCAUCCACCUCGGCGAUAGCGACAUAGAGUACGACACCAACUUCCGGUUGUACCUCACCACGAAGCUGGCGAACCCGCACUACUUGCCCGAGAUCUGUAUACAAGUGACGCUCGUCAACUUUACCGUCACUCUGUCCGGGCUGGAGGAGCAGUUGUUGGCUGAUGUUGUCCGCCUGGAGCGACCGGACUUAGAAGUCCUUCGAACUGAACUCAUAGUUCGAAUUAAUGCUGACAAAGCAACCCUACUGGAAAUCGAAGACAAGAUCCUACGUCUGCUGUAUGCGUCCUCGGGGAACAUUCUGGAUGAUGAAGAACUUAUUGAAACACUAAAUGAGAGCAAGGAAACUUCAGAAAUAAUAAAUGCUCGUCUAGCCGAGACUGAGGCCACAGAAGUGAACAUAUCCGCGGCCAGGGAGAAAUACCGCACAGUGGCCACUCGCGGUGCUGUCUUGUACUUUGCGGUGGCCCAACUGGCUGAUAUCGAUCCCAUGUACCAGUUCUCUUUAAAAUACUUUACACAGGUGUUCAAUUUAGUUAUAGAAAAAAGUGAAAAGUCGGAUAUAUUAGAGAAACGAUUGGAGAUACUCCACGAUGAGAUAACACUGUCGGUGUACCGGAACGUUUCUCGCGGGUUGUUCGAACGGCAUAAGCUGGUGUUCAGCUUUCUACUAAACAUGGCUAUUUAUCUACAUGCGGGUAAAGUGCAUCAAGAUCAGUGGAACUUUGUUCUAAGGGGACCGGCUGGUACCAAAGUGGUACCAGGAAAGAAGCCUUCAGUGGAAGCUAUGUCGGAUCAAAUGUGGCUCGCCGUGAACCACUUGAACGAGGCCGACCCUAGCUUUGCUGGUCUCCUGGACGAUUGCUUGAAGAAAAUUGAUAUCACUUUGGGAACAUUCACUGUGGAAAUCCAUGUGAAUAAAAACGAUAAGACUCCAGCGACGCACAAUUGGAAUGAAACACUUUCGCCAUUCGAGAAACUAAUGAUAAUCAGGAGCUUAAAGGAGGAGAAAUUGGUGUUCGCAAUAGCUCAAUACGUGAGCACCAGCCUCGGGAAUGUGUUUAUAGAGAGUCCAACCGUUCAAUUGAGUACUUUAUAUGCUGAUACCGCCGCGCCGAUACCACUGGUGUUUGUACUGAGUACAGGCUCGGAUCCUUUUGGAGCUUUUCAGAAAUUCGCUACAGAAAUGGGAAUGAGAGAGCGACUGCAUUCCAUCUCGUUAGGUCAGGGUCAAGGACCGGUCGCCGAGAAGAUGAUAAAUGCAGCGAAACCUAAGGGCGAUUGGGUGUUCCUACAGAAUUGCCAUUUGGCUGCAUCGUGGAUGUUGAGUCUCGAAGUGAUCGUAGCCCAGAUGGGCGGCGAGAACAGUGGCCUGCAUCCAGACUUCAGGCUGUACCUCAGUUCGAUGCCCACGCCCAAGUUCCCCGUGUCCGUGCUGCAGAACUCUGUAAAGGUCACCAACGAACCACCGAAAGGCCUGAAGGCGAAUGUCAAACGGGCAAUGAUAGAAAUGGACGAGGACUUUUUUGAAAAUCAUGUGCUCGGCCAAGACUGGCGUACCAUGCUGUUCGGUAUCUGCAUGUUCCACGCCAUUAUUCAAGAGCGAAAGAAGUUCGGACCCCUCGGGUGGAACAUCACAUACGAGUUCAACAAUAGCGAUCGCGAGUGCGCCAUGCUGAACCUGCAGAUGUUCUGCGAGGACGGACACAUACCCUGGGAUGCUCUCGAGUAUAUUACUAGUCAAAUUACGUACGGAGGUCGCGUCACCGAUAUGUGGGACCAACGCUGUCUCACAACCAUACUCACACUGUUCUUUUCCGCACCGACACUCGAACCGGACUACAAGUACUCCUCCUCUGGGACAUACUAUUGUCCCCGGGUUGACAAGUUGGAAGAGGCCCGGGAGUACAUCGAGACUCUGCCCGGGAUAGAAGACCCCGAAAUAUUUGGGAUGCACGACAAUGCCAAUAUUGCGUUUGAGAAUAAAGAAACCACCACACUAAUUCAGACGAUAGUCGACGUGCAACCGCGCACGGGGGGCAGUGGGGGAGGUGAGACGCCAGAACAGGUGGUCUGGCGGAUUUGUGAAUCUACCCGCGCCCAUGUCGCGACUAAGAUAGACAGGACGCAGAUACACCCAGACCUGAUGGUACCGGAUGAUAUGGGACAGCUGCAUUCGCUGACGACAGUACUCUUGCAUGAAACGGACAGGUUUAAUAAGCUACUUGCACUGAUUCACGCUUCACUCAACGAACUGCAGAAGGCUAUAAAGGGUGUCGUGGUAAUGUCUGAGGCCUAUGAGGAAGUGUUCAACUCUUUCCUGAACAACAAAGUGCCAGCGAUGUGGCACCGACAGGGCUAUAACUCGCUGAAAUCACUUGGAAGCUGGAUACAUGACCUUACAUUGAGGGUUGACUUCAUAGAGAAAUGGCUUAUAGAAGGUGCUCAAGUGAGCAGCUGGGUGUCGGGUCUGUUCUUCCCGCAAGGCCUGCUCACCGGCUCGCUGCAAGCGUACGCUCGCCGGUACCGAGUGCCGAUCGACGCUCUGAUGUUCGACUUUGAGCCCGUUCCGUUCUUCCUAUCGCAAGAGGACGUGUAUAAGUUCAAUAAACGGAAGGUUAAGGACGAAGGGCCCAGUGUAUUUGGAAAUUUGGAGAGGCCUGAGGAUGGCGUGAACAUUCACGGGCUAUUUAUAGACGCGGGUCGCUGGGACACCAAGAACAAUUGUCUUACUGAUGCUCUACCAGGUCAAAUGAACCCCUCCCUGCCGGUAGUUUGGUUCAAGCCAGUGCUAUCUCUGCCCAAGCCGGACCCUCGCUACGAGGCGCCGCUAUACAAGACCUCGGAGAGGGCCGGCACUCUCUCCACCACCGGCCACAGCACUAACUUCGUCCUGCCGGUCCUGUUGCCGGCGAACAUGCCCUCCGAGUUCUGGAUUAUACGCGGAACGGCCCUACUCACUCAGAUAACUGAUUAAACUUAAGGUUUAGAAAUAAAUUGCGUACUUAUGAAAUGCCAUUUUAAUCAAUGUUUCAUUUUAAACGAUACCGAAAACAAGCCAUGCGCCAUGUGUAUAAAUAAUUGCAUAAAAAACAAAAAAAUGGUUAUCAAAAUUACAACAAACUUUGCUUUCAGAAGGUAUAUUUUCUUUCAACAACUUCUAGCUGUCACCUUAAAUCUGAAAAUGCUGCUAAAUGUAAAUAUUAACAAGGUCACAGAAAACGUUUACAACUUAGCAACAUUUAUCCACUUGUAUAAUAUUGCCAAGCUACUUUGUACUUCAAUAUUGCUUUUCUUUUAAUAUUUUUUUAUAAAUCACUUUCGUAGUACUACUACCGAUAAUUUAAGUGUGACGUGAACUGCGCUAUCUGUAUAUCGUUAUAAUAAACUGAUAAAAAAAAUGAUCACAAAUAAUAAACCAACCAAAGUGGCAAACGUUGCUUUGCAUAGUUGCAGCGCGACGGCAAAGCGCCAUCUAUUGAACAAUGUGUGCAAAAAUGAGAGGUUGGUUUAUUUUUCAGACAUGUUCAUAAAAAAAAUUACAUAUAAAAAUCAUAAGUAGUAAAAUGUAAAAAGGAAACCUAGACUAAUUAGCGCAACAAAAGUUUAUCGUAUAACCUGACGGACUGAAUUGUGAGCCCUACAAUACGACCAACCCAGUUCGUCGGUUCUCUAUAUACACGCCAACUAUAACAUGUCCAAAACUAUCCGAAGAUGUCUGUUUACUGAUCAAAUAUUUCUAUAAUUGCGCUAAAAACACAUUAUACAAUCCUAUUUUACAAAUAAAAACAAUACAUCAAUGUAACGUUUAAAGUUUAUUGGUAAACAAUUAAUACAAAUGAUUAUUUGAAACUGAUUUAUUUAAACUGGUUAAAUCUUUGUAUUUCGAACAAUGUCUGAAAACAAAUACUUUACGAUAAGACAUGGAAAUAAAAGGAAAGUGGGCGUGUUCAAUGUGGGGCCGUGACCGCGGCGAGCAGCGACUGGAAGCCGAACUUCCAACAAUUCAAUUAAACGUAGUGAGGUAUAUUAGCGCGCAGUGAAUGGUUAUCGAAAAUUAGUUACACAUAACAACUUACCUACGUAUUCAUUAAUCAAUAGAAACGCGUUUAGAAACUAUCAUUUACAUUAGUGCUCGUUGCAUUGAUACUAUUCUAAUUUAUAAAUUUAUUGCGAUGUUUCAUAUAGAUAUCACGCCUUCAAUGGUCGCUAUUGCUCUCCGUUCGACACAGAAGUACAGUUAAUAAUCAGCUAGAUUUGUUGAAAAAUCUGUCAACAAAACUUUUGUAACGCGACUAGCGUUAAUGCGAAUCACUAACCGAAUGCUCGAUUCAUUGUUUAGAGCGAACACCGGCGGAUCCACUUUAGUGUAAAGUGGACCUUAGCACACGGGCCACGUUCGCGCGACGUCGCCGCACAUAUAUAGCGAUCUGUACAUUGCGCGACAACAGUCGACCCCACAACCACGCCCGCCAUUAAUUAUCCCUAUAUUAAAUGUGAAGUGAAUUAUAUCACAGUACUUCUGUUAAUUUCAUGUAUAUUACACUCAAUUGGUGUCAUUGAAUCAGCAAUACAAAUUAUAAUUCCUAUGUUAAAAAAAUAAAAA